AAAACCAAAAAUCAGUUUUGUCUUUUUGACCGCACCAUCAGCAAAAACCGCGUGCUCUUCACCCCCUGAAUUCGAAUCAAAACCUACAGGCUAUAGGACAAUUCACGGCCGCCACUCGCCAACCCCAUUUAUUAAAUCCCACUAUAUCUCUUCUCCCAACCACCCAAGCCUCCAAGUCGGAGCAGCCACUGAGUUUUGAAGAUUACAGAAAAGAAGCUGUCAUGUGUAGAAGCAUGGAACUUAAACUUGGGAUGCAGCCCAGAGGUCGUAACAGCUUGAAAAUUAAAGCUUUCUUUGUCCGCUUUUCGGGUUUCAAAUCAUGCAAGUCCUUGCCAGACUCCCUCACGCUCCUCUAUCUCCCUCGCGUUAAUGGGUCCGAACUCCUCGUAGACGGGUCAAAGGUCCGCCCCGAUUCUCCUGCGUUCUUGACGCUCCAUCGGGUCGUUAAUGUCAAGACGAAGAAGGGAGAGGCGAUAUUUGGAUCAAGAGAGCGGGUUUGGGCGAGCGGAGGAGUCCGCUUCGAAGUUUACUUGGGAGAGGAGAGGGUAUUGGAGGGGAUUUUUAGGAAAGACGAAGAGGAGUGGAAGUUGGAGUGUGGGUGUGGGCUUGAAAGUGAGCUUGUUGCCGGUGGUGGCGGUACUACUGAAGUGGCAUCGGUAGGGGCAGACGUUUGCGUUGCGUUAGAGGGGCAUGUUGCGUUGAGUGGGAGAGUGGAGAUGGUUUCGAUGAGAAAAAAGAACAGGAAGGUGGGGUUUGACAGACUGGAGGUGAUUCCAGAGGAGAAAGAAGAGGCGGAUGAUGAAUCUCUCGGUGAAUUUUGUUGUGAUUGCAAAAAUCGCAGAUCAAACGGUGGAGAAUUAGAUGAAGUGUGUGGCCCUGAUUGCAAUCUGAUGGAGAUGGAUUUGGAAGGAAUGAGAUGGGCCGUUGAUGUGGGGAUUUGGGUCAUGUGUUUGGGAGUAGGAUACUUGGUUUCCAAGGCGUCUGCUAGGAGCUUGAGACGUCUGAGGCUGCGGCUACUUUAGCCCAUUUUUGUCCUUUUAGGCCUUCAAGGGAGAGGGAAAAAAAACUUUGCACCUUCCAUUAUUUGAUUCUUAAUUGUACUAAAGAUGACAAAAAUUUCAAAUAAUCCAUUACUUCAAAUUUUGUUUAUAUUA